AUGGUGAGCCUCCAGGCCGUCCAGGCGCACAAUGCGACGCUCCAAUGCCUAACCCCAGGUCUCGUCGCCGUGUUUGUCGGCGGCACUUCGGGCAUCGCCCUCUCAACCGCUCUCGCCCUUGCCCGUCACACCCCCUCCCCCAAGAUCUACCUUAUCGGCCGCAGUCAGUCCGCCGCUGCGACUGCCAUCGCCUCCAUGAAAACGAUCAAUUCCUCCGCCCAGCCGACUUUCCUUCAGACGGACAUCUCCCUCCUCAAAAGCGUCGACAGUGUCUGCGCCGAGAUUGCGGCAAGGGAGAAAAAAGUGAAUCUACUUUUUAUGACCCCCGGGUAUAUGACAAUAAAAGGCCGGGACGAGACGACCGAAGGCCUGGACCGCAAACUCGUGCUGCAUUAUUACGCGCGAAUGCGGUUUAUGACCAACCUACUCCCACUCUUGAACGCUGCCGCUCAAGAUGUCAACGACAACGCCCGACAUUCCCGCGUAGUGUCGGUCCUAGACCCCAUGGUCUCGGUUCGUGCUGGCGGCUCCGGCACGCUCGACUUCUCGGACCUCAGUCUAAAGCAUACCUUUAGCCUCCAGAGGUGCGGCUGGCACGCCAGUCUGAUGGGCAAUUUCUUCCUGGAAAGCGCGGCUCAGCAAAAUCCGCAUAUUUCCUUCGUCCAUGCGUACCCCUCCGGCGUGGCUACAGGCGUCCUACGUGAACUGCCGGCUGGGCGUGUGCUGUCGGCCGUGCUGACGCCGCUGUUAAGUCCAUUUAUGGUGCCCCUUGAGGAGAGCGGAGAGAGACAUUUAUUUGCAGCGACGAAUGGGAGAUAUCCCCCCAAAGCCGAGGGAGAGGGUAUGGAGGGAGAUGUUGCAGUUGGCAGCGAUGGAACAAAGGGGAGUGGGUGUUACUGGGUGAGUUGGGACGGGGAGGCGUUUCCGCCAAACAAGAAAUUGGAGAAGACCAGGGGGUUGGACGCGGCCAAGAAAGUCGUGCUGCACACAGAGGAGGUAUUUAAGCGGGUGUGCGAGGAGGGCAAGACAUACCCGUGA